AUGGAAUCGGAGGAGCAGGGAAUGUCUUGGUUACUCCAACUGAAAGAGGACAUCAGGAAGAUACAGGAGGAGGGUAUCGGUGCACCUUUGAGUCCCAGCCAAUCCAUUGAUGACGACGCUGUAGACUGUGAUGAAGACGAGAACCAGAAGGACAUGGAUUGGUUAUAUAGCAAAAGGCUGGAGGGGGAACCCAUGAGUCCCAGCCAAUCCUUUGAUGACAACGCUGCAGACUGCAAUGAAGAAUGGGAUGAGGAGGACAGGGAUUCGUUGCCUAGCAAAGGGCUGGAGGCAGAACCAGCACCAGAGAGAGACACACCAGAGCAGAGGGAGAAGAGAGUGAGUGGGGCCCCCUCUCUGUCCUCUCCUGUGGGUCCCCCUCUGUCCUCUCCUGGUAAUGCCUUACUACAGGGUCUGAAGAGAGUGAGUGGGUCCCCCUCUCUGUCCUCUCCUGGUAAUGCCUUGCUACAGGGUCUGAAGAGAGUGAGUGGGGCCCCCUCUCUGUCCUCUCCUGAUAAUGCCUUACUACAGGGUCUGAAGAGAGUGAGUGGGUCCCCCUCUCUGUCCUCUCCUGAUAAUGCCUUACUGCAGGGUCUGAAGAGAGUGAGUGGGGCCCCCUCUCUGUCCUCUCCUGAUAAUGCCUUACUACAGGGUCUGAAGAGAGUGAGUGGGUCCCCCUCUCUGUCCUCUCCUGGUAAUGCCUUACUACAGGGUCUGAAGAGAGUGAGUGGGUCCCCCUCUCUGUCCUCUCCUGAUAAUGCCUUACUGCUGGGUCUGAAGAGAGUGAGUGGGUCCCCCUCUCUGUCCUCUCCUGAUAAUGCCUUACUGCUGGGUCUGAAGAGAGUGUCUGUGCGGCUGGUCGACUGCAGGAAAAAACCAGGGUUGAGAGGAACUGCUGGAGGAGGAGACGAGGAGGAGGAAGGAGACAAGGAGGAGGAAGGAGAUGACGAGGAGGAAGGAGACGAGGAGGAGGAAGGAGACGAGAUUCAUCAAAGAAAAAGACGUGGCUUUUGUGGAUCCUCUGGGGAGCCCCAACAACAACAUCAUCAUGAUUCUGAUGACCCAGACUGGAGUCUCACCGAAUCAAAACACGCCAACAAACGACCGCAGAGACUUCAAGGGAAGAAACAUCACUACUGCUGCACUCAGUGUGGGAAGAGUUUAGCUGGUUCAGCGCAACUUAAAAUGCACCAGAGAAUCCAUACAGGAGAGAAACCUUACCGCUGCUCACAGUGUGGAAAAGGUUUCAGUCUUAAAGGUAAUCUUAAAAUGCACCAGAAAACACAUACAGGGGGAAAAAUGCACCACUGCUCUGACUGCGGGAAAAGUUUUGCACAAAACUCCACUUUAAAAGCACACAAGCAAACACACAAGCCUGCCACAGAAAGGCCUUACCAAUGCUCCUUCUGCGAGAAGACAUUUUGUAUUUUGGCAACCUUUAAUUUCCAUAUGAAAAUGCACACCGGAGAGAAACCGUUCCAAUGUUCUGACUGCGGAAUGCGGUUCAUUCAUUUCAGUUUACUGAAAGCACAUGAACAUAAACACAAGCCCUCCGCCGAAAGGCCCUUCCGCUGCUCUGAAUGCGGGGUGUGUUUUACUACAAAAGGUAAUCUUAAAUUUCACCAGCUGACGCACAACCGGGGAGAGAGACCUUACCGCUGCUCUGAGUGUGGGAACUGUUUCUCUCAUCCGGUGUAUCUGAAGAAUCACCAGAAAAGGCACAGUAAAGAGAAGUCUGUUGUCUGCGACCUGUGUGGAAAGACCUUCAACCAUCCUGACGACUUCAGAAUUCACAUGAAGAUACACCGAGGAGUGAAACUGUACAGCUGCUCCGACUGCGGCAGCAGCUUCAUAUUCCGCCGCCGUUUAAUAACACACCAGCGUGUGCAUACUGGAGAGAUGCCUUAUGUCUGCAAUCACUGUGGGAGGAGGUUUUCGCUGUCUCGUACUCUGGUGAAUCACCAGCGAACUCACACUGGGGAGAAACCUUACCACUGUUCUUUCUGCGGGAAGAGCUUCAGUCGGUCACAAAACCUGGCUGCACACAAGAGAACUCAUACCGGAGAGAAGCCUCACGCCUGUGAUCAGUGUGGGAAGAGGUUUUCCCGAACCGACGCACUGGCUGUACACAAGCGCACCCACACUGGAGAGAAGCCUUACAGCUGUGAUAUAUGCAGGGAGACAUUCACCUAUUUAGUAGCCAUGUUGAAACAUAAGAAAGGUCAUGGACAUCCUGCCGAUGCACUCUAUGCUGAACAGCCUUAGAAUGAUCGAAGCUCUAUGAAUAGACUUUAUUGUCCAUUGUUGAACUUUUAGACUAAAGGGAUUUGUCUUUUUGCUUAUAAUCUACCCCUCUAGAGAGAGAAAGGGACACAAGCACACAUGGUGGCUGGUAGCCUAGCGGUUAGCGCUUAGGGCCUGUAACCGAAAAGUCACUUGUUCUAAUCCUCGAGCCGACGAGGCAAAAAAAAUGUGUUGCUGUGCCAUUGAGCAAGGCAACCCGAUUGCUCCUGGGUUGCCGUUGAUAAUGGCUGACCCUGGCCGCGACUCCCCUCUCCGAUGGCGUCUCAGAGGAAGUUGGGAUAUGCAAAAAACAAAUGACCAAUUCACACGCGUGUAUAUAAGACACACUUGUACAUGUGUGAAAUAAGGACAAUAUAAACAUCAAAUGAUUAUUAUUAUUAUUAUUGUUGUUGCAGACACACACACAUGGGUUGGGAGCAGAGGUUCCGUAGCUUUGUAUUUGAGGUUACUUAAGGUUACGUUUGCUCAGCCCCGUCCCACAGCUGCCAUUGGACUGAAACACAAAGCCAGGAUUGUGGCUUUAAACUGCCUGAAAUUACAGGGUUGUGUACAUACAUUCAGUAUCUGACAGGGAGACCUAACCUCUGCUCUCCUAGUCCUUGGGUGGAGUUUCCCAUAGCUACAGAUCUAUAUAGGAUCAGCUUCUUCUCCACAAAUCCUAGCCUUAAAGCCCCUGUCAGUCUUUGUAAUUUUACAAUAUGAGGUCGAAAUAACACUCUGAAAUUGUGAAAAUUAUGAUAAUGCCCAUUUUGUGUGAGUGCAUUUAAUUUAUUUAUCAAAAUGCGUUUUGGAGCAGAAAUGCCUUCUGGAACAUGUGAACUUUCAUGUGCCUUAAUAACAAACUUGUAUUCCAUCCAUAAAUAUGAAUCAAAUUGUUAAAUUACGAGUUAUUACGGUUUAUCCAUGGAAAAAGUCAGGAACCUUCCUGCUAGCCAUGAUUGGCUGAGAUAAUGGAUGGGCUGGACAUGCCGGGAGAUGAGUGUGGAUUGGUCUGCCAUGUAGCAUGCUUCUGUCUAUAACAUGAGCUGCUCAGUAUGUGUUGAUAGUCCUUUCUACCGUGCCGUUUUUGAAAGAUAUAACGUUAACAUUAGCCAUCGAGGACUACAAAAGUUUUGCUACUUUUCUCAAACAAACAUUAAUGCCCUGAAUUUAGCAGGCGCUAUCGACAAAUCAGUUGGAAAAAGUGAUGGGCUACUUUCUGCACACGCCACGGUCGGUGUGAACCAGAGUGACUUGACACAACGCUGGCCGAACAGGAUGUAGUUACAAACAAAAGGGAGUGAAAUGGUUCCAGUCGGCUGUGAAGUGUUCAUCUAUGUAUACGGGUAAGAGUCCUGCUCAAUUUUCAGAUACAAGUUUCUAAUUUUGUCAGAAAGUCGCUUUAUUGCAAGUUAAAGCAUACCGUUAGUUAGCUAGCGAACGAUAGCUUGCUGGCUCUCUAGCUAAUUUUACGUGUAUGAUCUGUGUAGUCACAUUAUUCGAAUCAGAAAACCAUUUGCAUUGCUAGGUAUAGCCUAAUGUUAGCUAGCGAACGAUAGCUUGCUGGCUCUCUAGCUAACGUUGUGUAUGAUCUGUGUAGUCACAUUAUUCGAAUCAGAAAACCAUUUGCAUUGCUAGGUAUAGCCUAAUGUUAGCUAGCGGAUUAUUUAACGACCCAUCAAAUUAGCCAGGUGUGUCUGGGGGUGAUUAUGGCCAUCUAUUGUAUUUCAUAAACAUGUGUACAUGUCUAGACAAAAGUGACCCAUCCACUUUGCUCGAUGUGGCUGGGGAGUGGUUUAGCAUUUCUUUCACAUGACCCAUCAAUUUAGAUAAAUGUGUCAGGUAAGCAUCAUCUAACAAUUACAAAAUAUAAAAAAAUUUUUUUAUCUGGACACUUCCUGUUGCAAGCAACCGUUUCACUGUACCGUUUACACCUGCUGUAUGCUAUGCACGCGACAAAUAAACUUGAAUUUGAUAUAGCGUGUGUUUAGGACAUGGCCCACCCAUCCUUUAUAAGGAGCACACAGUGCCACCUUCAGAACAGAAACUGAUUAACUGACAAAAGCAUUUCCAACGCACUCCCCUCGGUUGAGUUAUAUACAGUUACUUAAAAAAUAUGCAUAUAUAUUGUCACGAACCGGCUCAAAGCCCGUAACAAAGGGAGACAACAGUGGAGAUAAGGAGUAACAAAAUAUAUAUUUAUUAACCAAAGCAACUAAGGAAAAUAUACAAUGGUGUGUGUAAUCAGUAAUCAGUAGUGUAAGUGAGUGUUUUGCAUGCAUGAAUGUGAUAAUGCAGGGUGUUGAAAGGUGCCAAUGCAAACAAACAAAAGGCCACCAAGAACCACAACACAAUCUACAAAGGUGUCUGCAUGGAGAGAGUCUCUUCCAUGAAUGUGGAAGAGGUCUAUUUAUCCUGGGACACACCUGGCCCAGGUGUUUCCCAUGUAGUUGACGACCCUCCCCAUCUCCGCCCACCGGCAUCCUAAUAAGGAAACAAGAACAAAGACAGAAUACGGCAGACAGAGUGGGAGGGUCGUCACAAUAUAUAUAUAUUAAAACAUCUUGCAUAUCUUAAUUUAUUUCCACAAUGAACUAAUAAUAUGCACAAAAAGUUGGCAGUUCAUGCGAAGGAUUGUUACCUAUAACCUAUCGUGUAAGGAAACCAAUGUUAUAUUGUCUUUCUUAACUACGUCUUUGUUGAUUUGUAAGUGUGUGUUAUCCUAAUCUGAUGGUUGUGCAAGUGAUGUCCAUUGUGAUGGUUGACGCUGCUACUCUCAUAGCUAAUAUUGGUUUACACUUCAAAAUGUUGCAUUGAUAUCGACUGUAUGCAGAUAUGACCUGUAUUCACUGCUUGUCUGACGUUCCCGUUCAUUAACAAAGAACUUCAGUUAGUUUUAGGAUGGGUGGCGAGGAAUAACUUAGUCCUAAAUAUUUAAAACGAUAUAUAUAAAAAAUCAAUGUAUUGUUUAGACAAAUCAUUCACUAUACCCUAAACCUCAACUAAAUCUUGCAAUAAAUAAUGUGGAAAUUGAGCAAUUUGAGGUGACUAAACUGCUUGCAGUAACUCUGGGUUGUAAACUGUCAUGGUCAAAACAUCUUGAGUCAACAGUAGCUAAGAUGGGGAGAAGUCUGUCUAUAAUAAAGCGCUGCUCUACAUUCUUAACAACACUGUCAACAAGGCAGGUCCUACAAGCUCUAGUUUUGUCGCACCUGGACGACUGUUCAGUCACAAAGAGGGACUUGCAAUUGGCUCAGAACAGGGCAGCACGGCUGGCCCUUGGAUGUACCAAGAGAGCAAACAUUAAUACUAUGCUUGUCAAUCUCUCCUGGCUCAAAGUGGAGGAGAGAUUGACUUCAUCACUACUUGUUUUUGUGAGAGGUAUUGACAUGUUGAAAGCGCCUAGCUGUCUGUUUUAAACGACUAGCACACAGCUCAGACACCCAUACAUACCCCCCAAGACAUGCCACCAGAGGUCCCUUCAUAGUCCCCAAGUCCAGAACAGACUAUGGGAGGCGCACCGUACUAUAUAGAGCCAUAACUACAUGGAACUCUGUUCCCAUAUCAGGUAACUGAUGCAAGCAGUAGAAUCAGAUUUAAAAACAGAUGAAAAUACACCUUAUGGGGCUCCCGAGUGGCUCAGCGGUCUAAGGCACUGCAUCUCAGUGCUAGAGGCGUCACUGCAGACCCUGGUUCGAUUCCAGGCUGUAUCACAACUGGCCGUGAUUGGGAGUCCUAUAGGGCGGCGCACAAUUGGCCCAGCGUCGUCCGGGUUAAGGUUUGGCCGGGGAAGGCUGUCAUUGUCAAUAAGAAUUUGCUCUUAACUGACUUGCUUAGUUGAAUAAAGGUUAAGCGAGGAACAGCAGGGACUGUGAAGCAACACAAAGGCACAGACAGACACAUGCAUACACACACAUGAUAACAGAUUUUGUGUCGGAGCUUUGUGGUAGUGGUCUGAGGGCACAAACUUAGUGUGUUGUGAAAUCUGUAAUGAAUGUAUUGUAAAUGUUUUUAAAAUUGUAUAACUGCCUUAAUUUUACCAGACCCUGGGAAGAGUAGCUGCUGCCUUGGCAGGAACUAAUGGGCAUCCAUAAUAAAUACAAGUGCAAAAUCGACUCCUGGUGGUAAGGCUCGAAAUUGAUAUUUUAAUAAUUGCAUAUUUAGCCAGUGUCAGAUUUUUACACACUAGAGUCAUUAUUUCCAACGGCAAUCUACCAGCAUUACCUUGUAAAAGAGAAGCAGCUUAAAUGCAGAGGCUGGCUGAACUACAUUGAAAUCUAUAAGUGUGACGAAGCAAGAACAAACUUGCAGUCCUUGCAUCCACAGCUCAGUCUGAGAUUUUCAGUGGUUACAUUUCUCCAGGCUCAUCUGUUUACCCAAAAAACGGACUGCUUUUUCGGGGUGACAUUUGCUGUUGAAAUCACAGAUUGCUAUAAUUAGAUGU